CGACGGGACGUGGAGGUGCGCCCGGCGCAUCCCCGCACCCCGGUCACAGCCCCGAGCAUCCCCCUGUGCCCCCCCGCGGGGCAUCCCGGCCCCCCGUCACAGCCCCGUCCAGCCCCCCCCCCGUGCCCCCCUCCGGCGCAUCCCGCCCCCCCCCCGGUCACAGCCCCGUCAGCCCCCCCCGUGCCCCCCUCCGGCGCAUUCCGCCCCCCCGGGUCACAGCCCCGUGCAUCCCCCCGUGCCCCCCCCGGGGCAUCCCGCCCCCUGCACCCCCCCCGGUGGCAUCUCGCCACCCCGGGGUAAAGGGCAGAGGUCAGUGGCCGGCCCUUGCCCCGCCGGCCGGUCCGUGCUGCCCCGGGGAGCGCAGCCGGCGCCAUGGGGCGGUGGCAGGAGCUGAGCCGAGAGGAGCUGGAGCGGCAGUACUCGCCGAGCCGCUGGUCCCCCCGCCUGGGUGCGGCGGCGGUGGUGGAGGCGCACGUGCGGGAGGUGACGGCAGGCACCCGGCGCGCCCGGGCCGCGGCCGGCGCCGUGCUGCAGGUCCCGUACGGCACGGGCGAGCGGGAGGCCCUGGACGUGUACCUGCCCGCGGCCCCGGCCGGAGCCUUCCCACUCGUGCUGUACGUCCACGGCGGAUACUGGCAGUUUCUAAGCAAGGAGGAGUCCGGCUUUGCCGCGCUCCCGCUGCUGUCCCGGGGCAUCGCGCUGGUGGCCGUGGGGUAUGACGUGGCUCCACGAGGCAACAUGGAUGUGAUGGUGGCCCAGGUGCGGCGCAGCGUGGCCUGCAUCGUGCGCCAGUACCCCACGACCAGCGGAGUUUACCUGUGCGGACACUCGGCAGGGGCCCACCUGGCAGCCAUGGUGCUCGCCACGGACUGGCAGGAGUACGGAGUGGCACCCGACAUCAAAGGAGCCUUUCUGGUGAGCGGCAUCUAUGACCUGGAGCCCAUCGUGAGCACCUACGUGAACGACGCGCUGCGCAUGACCCCAGAGGUUGCCCAGAGGAACAGUCCCCUGCUGCACGUGGCCGCAGCGAUGCCUGCAACAGAGGCCUGCGAGGUGCUGGUUGCCGUGGCCCAGCACGACUCCCCUGAGUUCCACCGGCAGUCCCGCCAGUACUUCCAGGCCUUGCGCUCCGCAGGUUGGAAGGUGUCUCUGCUGGACGUGGCCCACACAGAUCACUUCGAUGUGGUUGAGAAGCUGUCCCAGGAGGGCUACAUCCUGACCCAGGUGAUUCUGAGCGCGAUUGCCAGAGCCUGAUGGGAGCCUGCCACUCCGGCCAUGCAACUGGCUCUCCAUGCCCUGCCCGGCUCCCCCGCGCCGUCGGGGGGCAGGGUCCCUGCUGCUCGGAGCAGGCCCCUGCCUCCUGUCCCCCCCGCACUUUCCACCUCUGCCCCGGGGCUGCCUGGAGCAGGAGCGCCGGCUCGGUGGACCCCAGCCCCUUGCCCCGGAGCCUCCUGGUCCUGGGUGUUGCUGCGCUUGCGGGGACGCUGCCCUGUUGUCGCCGGAGCCUGGACGGACAGGACAGUCCGGCGGCUGUCGGGCCUGCCUCGUCCCGGCGGGCUUGUUCCAUCGCAGUUUCCUUUAAACUUCUCUUAUUGCGAGCAUUAAAUAAAAUCUGGGCAGGAGGAACA